AUGGAUAAGCUGUCAGACUUUGUUAAAGGGAUACUCCCAGACUUUGUUGCACUGCUAUGCCCAAACUUGGAGGAAAACACAGAGUCUCUUCAAAUAAAAAUAGGAUCACUGGAAAGUCGAAAACAUGAUGUGCAUGAAGACUUACAAAGUCAUUCUGGAAAAAAACGCAAGAGAGAGGUUGAAGAUUGGAUGAAUAAUGUUGAAAACAUUAUAAACGAUUUUGAAACCUUGGAACAAGGAGUACAGCAAAGCAGCAGAUUUUAUCAUGUUUUCAAACGACAAAAGUUGGCUGAACAGCUUGAAAGAAUGACCGCACAAGUGACGGAGCUUUUUGCCCAAGGUGAAUUUCCUAGCGGGCAUUUUCUUGAGGUUGAUGAGGGUAUUGACCGAUUACUGUUAAUACCCGAACCGAAUGGCCAAGCAUUUCAACAAAAUUUCCAUGACAUUUGGACAUCAUUAAUGGAUGAAAACGUUGUAAGUAUUGGCAUUUACGGAAUGGGGGGAGUAGGCAAGACGACUCUGGCAAGGCAUGUCCAUGAUAAGCUCUUGAAGGAAUCCACGUUCUCGGGUUGUGUUUAUUGGGUCACCGUCUCUCAAGAGUUCAGCAUUUACAAAUUGCAAAGUGACAUUGCCGAAUUACUGGAUCCAAAGAUGACACUUGAGAAUGAUGAGGGGAGAAGGGCAGCUAAACUCUUCCGGGAAUUCCAGAAAAUGGAGAGAUUUGUGUUUAUACUGGAUGAUGUUUGGAAACGAAUUGAUGCAGAGAAGAUAGGCAUUCCUUCUAAAAAGGAUGGAUGCAAACACUUGAACGUGUUGACCUAUCUGUGGAAGUACAAGAGAUUUGCAAGAAAAUGGUAA